AUGCCUGUGAAUAACAUCAUCGUCUUUAACAAUUACUUUUAAUAGAAAUAGGAUAAUAAAAUCAGAACAUAAAUUUCUAAAUUAGAUUUAUAAAAUAAAUAAAUGGGAUAGCAAGGGAAUUAAAAGUUAAAAUGUUAGCAAGAUGAUCAUUAGGAUGAUAUAGAAACGAUUUGCUAUAAUUAAUUUUGUCAAGACUUCAGAUUAAAUUGUUUUAAAUGUAAUAAGAGAAAAAUCCAUCUUGAUCAUUCGAAUGAUGUUGAAAAAAUCAAUAGUUUGAUUGGAUUUAUUGAAAAUACGAAUAAAGUAUGUGAUAAUUUGAUUGAUGAUCUUAAUUCAUAUGUAGAAAAUCUAAAUCAAUCAUUUUCUUAAUUAAAAAGAGGAAUCAGAUUAAAAUAUUCAAUACAAAAAGAAAGAUUAAUAAAUUUAAGCUCAAAGCAAUUACAUGACUAUUUGAAUUCAACCAUAACACUAAUUGAAUAUAAACAAUCAGUGAAAUAAAUCAUUUCUGCUUAGGCUAAGAAAUUGACUCAUACAUUUAAUAAUUUAUAUGAAUAAUUAUAAUUAUUGUCAUUUAAUUAUUAUUAGGUUGAUAGUAGUUCAAUAAAAUUAUCAGAAGAUUUAUAUGAUAAAGGUAAUUUUGUAUUAUAAUUUUUAGGUUUUGAUUUAUUUUUGAAAACUAAUUAUUCAGAGGCAAUAGAUAUUUUAGAUAUGUCAAUUCAAUUUAAUCCUAAGAACUACUUAUCUCUGGGGUGCAAAGGUGAAUAUUAUAGUAAAAUUAAUAGGUGCGUGCUUACGAAAGUUAAAUAAGUAUGAGGAUGCAAUAAGUUGGCUCAAUAAAAUAUUAUCUAUUAAUCCUAAGCAUAUUUUUUCCAUAUUGGAAAAAGGUUGAUUGAAUGAUAAUUAAAUUAAUAGGUAAAUGUUUAAGAUUGUUAAAUCAAUAUGAGGAUGCAAUCAUUUGGUUAGAUUAAGCAUUAGCAAUUGAUCCUAAGCAUGUUUUUUCCUUAUCCUAAAAAGGUUGAUCGAUUAAUACAUUAAUAGGAGAAUGUUUAAGAAUGUUAAAAAAAUAUGAGGAGGCAAUUUUUUGGCUGGAUCAAGCAUUAGCUAUUGAUCCGAAGGAUGUUUUUUCAUUAUCCGAAAAAGGUUGAUUGACUCAUAAUUAAAUUAAUAGGUGCAUGCUUACGAUAGUUAAAUAAGUAUGAGGAUGCAAUCUGUUGGCUAGAUCAAGCAUUAGCAAUUAAUCCUAAGCAUGUUUUCGCUAUAAAAAUCAAAGGUAUAUUGAAUCUUAAUAUUUAAUAGAAUUUUGCAAGUAGGAAUUGAGUUAAUGA